UUUCGGAGUUUCAUCGUCGAUUAUAUAAAAAAUACAAAACAAUUAGCUUCGCAUUAGAUGUUCAGAAUUUGUUCCUUGCAGACAAAUAUUUUUGGGCAGCAGUGUUUAGAAUCUUGCUUUGAAAAGUAGAAGUGCUUUAAACUUAAAUAAGGUUUAAUUUCUAAAAACAUUUGAAAAUGCGUGAAUGUAUUUCAAUUCAUAUCGGACAAGCCGGAGUUCAAAUCGGCAAUGCUUGUUGGGAGUUAUACUGUCUCGAACAUGGUAUUCAACCUGAUGGACAGAUGCCUAGUGAUAAAGUGAUUGGUGGUGGUGAUGACUCCUUUAAUACAUUUUUCAGCGAAACCGGAAGUGGAAAACAUGUCCCUCGAGCAGUUUUCGUAGAUUUGGAACCAACUGUAGUAGAUGAAGUUCGUACUGGAACUUAUCGUCAAUUAUUUCAUCCUGAGCAAUUGAUAACAGGGAAAGAAGAUGCAGCCAAUAAUUAUGCUCGUGGUCAUUACACUGUCGGAAAAGAGAUUGUUGAUAUUGUUUUAGACCGUAUUCGUAAGCUUGCUGAUCAGUGUACUGGUUUACAAGGCUUCCUUGUUUUCCACUCAUUUGGAGGUGGUACCGGUUCGGGUUUUACAUCUUUACUCAUGGAACGUUUAUCUGUUGAUUAUGGAAAGAAAUCUAAAUUAGAGUUUUCAAUCUAUCCAGCACCUCAGGUAUCAACAGCUGUGGUUGAACCAUAUAACUCAAUUCUUACAACUCACACUACACUGGAACAUUCGGAUUGUGCUUUCAUGGUUGACAAUGAAGCAAUCUAUGAUAUUUGUCGUCGAAAUUUGGACAUUGAACGCCCAACCUAUACCAACUUGAAUCGUUUAAUCGGUCAAAUUGUAUCUUCAAUAACUGCUUCAUUGCGAUUCGACGGUGCUUUGAAUGUCGAUUUAACAGAAUUUCAAACCAAUUUGGUUCCUUAUCCUCGAAUACAUUUUCCUUUAGCAACUUAUGCUCCAGUUAUUUCAGCUGAAAAGGCUUACCACGAACAAUUGACCGUCGCUGAAAUAACGAAUGCUUGUUUCGAACCAGCAAAUCAAAUGGUUAAAUGUGACCCCCGUCAUGGAAAGUACAUGGCUUGUUGUAUGUUGUAUCGCGGUGAUGUUGUUCCAAAAGACGUCAAUGCUGCUAUUGCUACCAUUAAAACAAAACGAUCAAUUCAAUUUGUUGACUGGUGUCCAACUGGUUUUAAAGUAGGGAUCAAUUAUCAGCCACCGACUGUUGUUCCAGGCGGUGAUCUUGCAAAAGUCCAACGGGCCGUAUGCAUGUUGUCAAAUACGACAGCAAUAGCCGAGGCAUGGGCACGCUUGGAUCAUAAAUUUGAUCUUAUGUAUGCUAAACGUGCAUUUGUUCAUUGGUAUGUUGGAGAAGGCAUGGAAGAAGGAGAAUUUUCUGAAGCUCGUGAAGAUUUAGCAGCAUUGGAAAAAGAUUAUGAAGAAGUUGGGGUUGAUUCAACUGAAGAAGUUGGAGAAGGAGACGAAUAUUAAACUAUACAAAUAUCAAAUGUAUUUUUUAUACUGUGGACGCUUUAUGAAUGCAUGCUCUAUAAGUACAAAAGCUCUAUACCUGGGCCUAUGUUCAGUUUGCAUCUAUGAAGCGUGUACUGUAUUGAACGUUUGUUUAUUUGGUAAAUAUGGAAAGUUUCCAAAUGGUUUAAUCAGAAAUACUAAACUUUCCAAAAUUUUUAAAUUGUUUUACUCAUCAAGAACUAAUUCACAAUCUAAACAAGAUCACCAGCUAACGCAAUCACAGAAGUCGUUAACAAGUUAUUUAUAUUUAUGAAUUCACGUUAAUAAAAUUUUAAAUUUCAUCGCUAAAUUUGUCUUUCUUCUAGUAGAAUUUUACUCAAUUUCCAUAACUACCUAGUGUACUUUUAUUACAGGUACAAAUGACGAAAGAAUGUUCUAUAAAU